AAAAGAAACUAAUUUAGCUCUCAAGCGUAUUUAAUAGUCCUAGGCCCUCGCGUUUAUAUAUUUUCUACUAUAUUUCCACCUGGUCGCUAGCUAGCUAUUUUGUUUGUUUGACCAGCAAUAUAUACUACUCUGUCUCAUAAAUCUCUCCGAUUAGAUUGUCGGUUGCUCAGUCGGAUUAUUCUUUCCGGAUCGGAUUCGGGUCGGACCUUGUAGAACAUGGCAGCUCCUCCGGUGAGAGCUCGGGCAGAUUACGACUUGCUCGUCAAGCUUCUACUCAUCGGCGAUAGUGGUGUCGGAAAGAGUUGCCUGUUACUCCGUUUCUCUGAUGAUUCAUUCACAACAAGUUUUAUCACCACAAUUGGAAUUGAUUUUAAAAUUCGGACUAUUGAGCUUGAUGGAAAGCGCAUCAAACUACAAAUAUGGGACACUGCUGGUCAAGAACGAUUUCGGACGAUCACAACUGCUUAUUAUAGGGGUGCAAUGGGCAUACUCUUGGUUUAUGAUGUCACCGAUGAGUCGUCCUUUAACAACAUCAGGAACUGGAUUCGGAAUAUAGAGCAGCAUGCCUCUGAUAAUGUGAACAAGAUACUGAUUGGCAAUAAAGCUGACAUGGACGAGAGCAAAAGGGCUGUGCCGACAUCUCGUGGACAGGCACUAGCUGAUGAAUAUGGAAUCAAAUUUUUUGAGACAAGUGCAAAGACAAAUUUGAAUGUGGAGCAAGUUUUCUUUUCCAUUGCUAGAGACAUAAAGCAAAGAUUAGCAGAGAGCGAGACCAAAGCAGAGCCUCAAACCAUCAAAAUCAAUAAACCUGAUCCAGGCAAGGAUCAGACUGCAGCCACCCAAAAAUCAGCAUGUUGUGGUACUUAAGCAUGAGAAAAUGCACAAGUCUGAAUGCAUCAUCCUCGACUCUUCAUCUAUAGCAUCAUUGUUGCUGGUUCUCCCAGUCAAGCUGGGAGGCCCAUCGUCUUUUUCGCUUACAGCUGUUGUACUCCGUACUCAAAACUUAAACAAAAGUUUAUAUAUAUUGAAUGCAUUGUGGUAGCUGGCUGCUGCUAGGGCAGUAGAACCUCGUGUAGGCACAAUCUUUGUUCUUUUGGGACUUUACAUCGUUAUAAGUUUCUACAAAUAUCUUAAUUUUCCUGUUUAGACUGAUUGUUACUAAUAAAUUUUAUUGUUAUGUUUCUCUGUGUA